ACAACCUGCAAUAACGGUUCAUCUUGCGCUUAUUUUUUUUCUCGUGAACGAUAAGCAUUCUCUUUCUCUCUCGGAGAAACUCUCAAAGCCACCACCGUCAUCGUCACCGUCACCGUCACCGUGGCCGCCAUGGAAGGAGGUGGAGGAACGCUCUCGGAGAUUCACCAAUCCGCGAAGAAACUCCUGCUCAGGUCUCGCGACGGCCUCGAACGUCUCGAGCGCCUCGAGUACUCCGCGACCGCCGCUGCCGCCGUUGCCGGCGCCGACUCGGAGCUUUCGUUCUCCGUGAAGAAGGACAUCACUCAGAUCCAAUCCCUCUGCGUCGAGAUGGACCGUCUCUGGCGAUCCGUCGCCGCCAAGCCUCAACGCGAUCUCUGGAAAAGAAAAGUGGAACAAAUAUCAGAAGAGGCUGAAUCGCUGAGAGCAAGUUUGGAUAAAUAUAACUUACGAAAUCAGAAACGAAUGAGGGAAGCUAAUGAGAGAGCAGAACUGCUGGGACGAGCUAAUGGGGAUUCUGCUCAUGUUUUGAGAAUUUUUGAUGAGGAGGCACAAGCAAUGCAAUCAGUUCGCACUUCUUCCCGAGAACUGGAAAAUGCAAAUGCAAUUGGGGAGGCUAUCCUCUCUUCAAUACAUGGCCAAAGAGAACGGUUGAAGAGUGCACAUCGAAAAGCAUUGGACAUACUCAAUACAGUGGGGAUAUCGAACUCUGUUUUGAGGUUAAUCGAGAGACGAAACCGAGUUGACCAAUGGAUCAAAUAUGCAGGAAUGCUAUUGACUGUCGUUUUCUUGUUUGCCUUUAUUUUGUGGAGACAUUGACCACCGUUAGAUGUUGAAAACUGAAAUUUCUACGUUUGUGAGAGCAUAUAAAAGUGAAAUACAAAGUAUAUUUGGCUGAAAUGUGAAACUUUAACAGCUUGCACAACAUGAGGUAACAUACAAAGUAUAUUCACGCGUUAGUUAUUUGAUAUUUUAGGCUACUUUUGAUUUGGAGUAUAUGUUAUUAUAUUCCAGCAUUAUUUUGUAUUCCAUAUUAUAGUUCAAACCCCAAGAGAUGCUUUAUGGAACAAGUUUUAUUUUUUAUUUUUCGAAGUGUUGAGGAUGA